UCAGAAAAUAACAUGUGGACUGAGGCAGAGCACUCGUCCUCCUCAGGUUUUCAAAAUAAGACACAUUCUUAUUGAAACACGUUGGACAGUUGAUAAGUAUAGAAACAUACAGGAAGUGAGUGUCAGGAGCCGUCCCUACUUUAACCAGUGUUUAAUUAGAAACAAUGGUCCAACAUGUCUGAUCUGAUAUUUAUCUUCAGGUCACAGACUGGACUGAGGUCAGCAGCAUGUUGAGAGUCUGUGUUGACAUAAUGACGAUCCACAACAACAGGAGGACAGAUUCAAAUAUUCAUAUUUCUUUUUCCAGGUUGAAGUUCUGCAGUCUGACAGAGAUCAGCUGUUCUUCUCUGGCUUCAGCUCUAAGGUCAAACCCCUCUCAUCUGAGAGAACUGGAUCUGAGUAGAAACAACGACCUGAAGGACUCAGCAGUGAAGGAGCUGUGUGGUUUUCUACAGAGUCCAACCUGUCAACUGGAGAAACUGAGGUUGGAGUGCUGCAAACUUUCAGAGAUCAGCUGUUCUUCUCUGGCUUCAGCUCUGAGGUCAAACCCCUCUCAUCUGAGAAAACUGGAUCUGAGUUUAAACGACCUGCAAGACUCAGGAGUGAAGGAGCUGUGUGAUUUUCUACAGAGUCCAACCUUUGGACUGGAGACUCUGAGGUUGGAGAACUGCAGACUGUCAGAGAUCAGCUGUUCUUCUCUGGCUUCAGCUCUGAGGUCAAACCCCUCUCAUCUGAGAAAACUGGAUCUGAGUAACAACAUGCUGCUGGACUCAGGAGUGAAGGAGCUGUGUGGUUUUCUACAGAGUCCAGCCUGUCGACUGGAGACUCUGAGGUUGGAUCAAUGCAGUCUGUCAGAGAUCAGCUGUUCUUCUCUGGCUGCAGCUCUGAGGUCAAACCCUUCUCAUCUGAGAGAACUGGAUCUGAGCCACAACGGCCUGCAGGACUCAGGAGUGAAGGAGCUGCUUGAUCUAAAGCAGAGUCCAACAUGUCGACUGAAGAAUCUGAGGUGGUGGUCUUAGUGAAGCUGAUUGUGAAAAGGACAGCGUGUGUGGACGGAGUUGUGUCCUGAGGAUCCAGAGGCUGAAGCAGCAGCAGCUUGUGUGUAGUCUCCAACCUACACAACCCCUAAUCUGCAUGUGUUUGUGAGAUGAAGCCGGAGCACCUGGAGACAACACGGGGAGAACAUGCAGACUCCACACAGGAAGACCCCAUCUGAACCGGAUUCAAACCAGCAACCUUCUUGCCCCCGAUUAUGAUUAUUCAAAUGAAGAAUGUGUUUAUUAAAAUAAGACACAACACAAGCAGAAUAUAUAAACUCUCUAUAAAGAGUCACAUACAGUGUGUUUAAGUUUGUCUUUAUUGUUUUGUCCCUCAGUAUGUCUCCAUGUGUGUAGAACCAGAUUCUGUGUAUAUGUUUGUUUAUGAUCUUAAAGUUCCUGGAUUCACAUCACAAAUUGAUUUAGUUCAACAAAAGUUAAACACAAUGAAAUCACUUUGAGUUUAAAAAAUUACAGUUUUGUCUCUUCACACAAAAGAUCAAAACUCUGGAUUUAAAAAUGAAAUGUUUUCAUUUCUGAAUCAGGUGCAUGUAAAUGUUUUGGGCAAUAACUCGAGCUUCAGCCAUUGCCUGCAGUACCUGUCCUGUCAUGUCCUUCCUAUCAUUGAGGUACACAAUGUACAGCACAGUGACAGUAACAUUGCCAUUUUAAAACAAAGAUAAUAAAGAUAAUUG